CCCGCUCCCCCCGCCGCCGCUCCUGCCCCGGGGGCGGUCGCCGCUGGGGGAACAGUUGCCGUUCCGCCCGCCCGCAGCUCGGUGCCUGGCCCGGCGAGAGUUGGAACAUCAGCACACUCUGGAUGGUGGUGCUAUGUUGUGGAAUUUUGAAGACAAAAUAUUUUUUUGGCAGUCGUCCAGUCUGCUUCUUCCCUUUUUGACUUUUGAAUCACAGUAAACACCUGCGGGGCUCGGAGGCUUCAGGCUCUGAACUGCCUUCACCACUGCCGCCGUCUUCUAUCUAAUGUGCUACAAGGAUGAGCCCAGCAUUUGGAGCAAUGGAAGUGGAGCACUAUUCCAAGGGAGUCUUACUCGAGCCUUUUGUCCACCAAGUUGGAGGACACUCCUGUGUCCUCCGGUUUAAUGACAAGACCAUCUGUAAACCUCUUAUUCAGAGAGAACACCAGUUCUAUGAGACUCUCCCGACAGAAAUGCGUAAAUUCACUCCACAAUAUGAGGGUGUGGUAUCAGUGAGCUUUGAAGAGGAUGAAGAUGGAAACUUAUGUCUAAUAGCAUAUCCAUUAAAUGGGGACCACGAUAACCUAGAAAACUUAGAUAACUCUGACUGUGAACCCAAAAGUAAGCUAUUACGGUGGACUAACAAAAAAACAGUGUUGUUAGAAAAUGAGAAGAUAUCAAAGGAAUGGGUCCGGCAGCACAGGAAAGAGGAAAAAAUGAAAAGUCACAAACUGGAGGAAGAAUUUGAGUGGCUGAAGAAAUCUGAAGUCUUGUAUUACACUGUAGAGAAAAAAGGAAAUGUCAGUUCUCAGUUUAAACACCAUAAUCCUUGGAGCAUGAAAUGUCACCAGCAACAGUUACAGCGGAUGAAGGAAAACGCAAAGCACCGAAAUCAAUAUAAAUUCAUUUUGCUGGAGAACCUGACAUCUCGCUACGAGGUGCCGUGUGUGCUGGACCUGAAGAUGGGCACCCGGCAGCACGGCGACGACGCGUCCGAGGAGAAGAAGGCGAAUCAGAUCCGCAAGUGCCAGCAGAGCACCUCGGCCGUGAUCGGAGUGCGCGUCUGCGGCAUGCAGGAAAGUUUGCUGUCACAUCUCAGCAUGCAGAGGAUCAACCGGUACAUCCUAGAGCAGAGGCAGGUCUAUCAGGCAGGCACUGGCCAGCUGAUGUUCAUGAAUAAAUACCAUGGAAGAAAACUCUCAGUCCAAGGAUUCAAAGAAGCACUUUACCAGUUCUUUCAUAACGGCAAAUACCUGCGCAGGGAACUCUUUGAGUCCGUUAUUAAAAAACUCACUGAACUCAAGUCUGUGCUGGAGAAACAGGAGUCCUAUCGCUUCUAUUCCAGCUCCUUGCUGAUCAUCUAUGAUGGCAAGGAGAGGCAGGAGGUCGCCGUUGACUCGGAUCCAGAGGACCUAGAGGACCUUUCAGAGGAAUCUUCAGAUGAGUCGGCAGGAGCCUAUGCCUACAAACCCACUGCCAGCACUGUGGAUGUCCGCAUGAUAGACUUUGCCCACACAACCUGCAAGUACUAUGGAGAAGAUUCUGUGGUGCACGAGGGCCAAGACACGGGUUACGUUUUUGGACUCCAGAAUUUAAUAGAUAUUAUUAAAGAAAUAAGAGACGAAAGUAGUGAAUAAACAGUGUGAAUGCACAUCAGUAGAAAGCACUAUUGUGACUCUUUGUAUUCCAAAAUUAUUGGCCACUUUCUGGUGGUAGGAAUCUUUACAGGCUCUGCAGGGAUAAUCCUGUCAGAGUCAGACUUGUUCAGAGGGCAUUUACUUACAUUGGUGCUGGACCUAGCACUGGCAAAACUUGGUAUCCUUAUUUAUUUUAACUUUCUUAAACAUUCCAUAUUUGAUUACUCAGAUACCUCUGUUAUCCCUGUGUGUAUAUGUUCCAAUAAAAUUCUUUUUGUUCGUUGUAA